AACAAAUAAUAAAAUAAAACAAAAACGUCAUCCCCACUUCUCUCUUUUCUCUCUCUUCCUCUUUCAUGGUCAAUGGAUGGUCAUGCUCUCACCCCGUGCCUCCCCCAAAAAUCUUUUCCCUCAUUGGUUCAUCUCUUCCUUAUUCUUCCCUUCUUCAUUCUUCUUCUUCCUUCUUCACUCCAACCCUCAAAUUCAUUCAUUCAAACUUCAACUUAACUUCUUCUAGCAUGAGAUCAAACCCUCUAUCAACUUCAUCACAAUUACCCUUUUACCCUUCUUCCAACAAUUACAUGUUUUUCUCCAAACUUAUGUUCCUUUUCAUAACAAAAACCUUAUUUUUAUCCUUAUUUUUUGUUCAUGUCUUUUCUACUUGUAACCAACUAGACAAAGAUUCUCUCUUGUCUUUCUCUUCAAAAAUCUUAACUUUUUCACCUCACCCAUCUCUUAAUUGGUCUUCUUCAUCUGAUUGUUGUAAUUGGGAAGGUAUAAUCUGUGAUCAAAAUAAUCACCAUGUUAAACAAAUUUUGUUACAUAAUAGAGGUCUUAAUGGUUUCAUUGAGUUUUCUUUUAUUACUUCACUUCAAUCACUUUCUCAUGUUAAUCUUUCACAUAAUAAACUUCAUGGUAAUCUUCAAAAUCAGUUUUUUUCACUUGUUAAUCAUGUAUUAGUACUUGAUUUGAGUUAUAAUCAUUUCUAUGGUGGAUUACCUAGUAGUAAUGGUAGUGGAAAUGGAAAUGGAAAUAACAGUGUUAUUCAGGAAUUAGAUUUGUCUAGUAAUUCAUUCAAUGGAACAUUACCAGUUUCUUUGAUUCAGAUUCUUGCUGCAAAAGGGAAUUUGAUUUCUUUCAAUGUUAGUAACAACACUUUCACAGGUCAUAUUCCAAUUUCAAGCUUUUGUAUUAAUAAUUCUGCUAUAAGAUUCUUGGAUUUUUCAUCCAAUGAUUUUGCUGGUGUUAUUGAUACUGGUUUAGGAGCAUGUUCUAAGCUUGAGAGAUUUAGAGCAGGUUUCAAUUUUCUAACAGGGAAUAUACCGGUUGAUAUUUAUGAUGCUGUUUCACUAACAGAAAUAUCAUUGCCACUUAAUAGAAUUAAUGGAACAAUUGAUGAUGGAAUUGUUAACCUUGCAAAUCUCACAGUUUUGGAGCUUUAUUCGAAUAAUUUAACAGGUUCUAUUCCUAAGGAAAUUGGUAAACUUUCCAAAUUGGAAAGGUUACUUCUUCAUGUCAACAAUUUGACAGGUUCAAUUCCAUCAUCUUUGAUGAAUUGUCACAAUCUUGUUGUGUUGAAUUUAAGGGUCAAUGAUUUGGAAGGAAAUCUUUCGGCGUUCAAUUUCUCAGGACUUGGUAGACUUGUUACGCUUGAUCUUGGUAACAAUAGGUUUAGCGGUGUUUUACCGUCGAGCCUUUAUGAUUGUAAGUCACUUGCUGCAUUAAGGCUUGCAUCUAAUAAUCUUGUGGGACAGGUUUCAUCUGAGAUACUUGGACUUGAGUCUCUUUCGUUCUUAUCGAUUUCUACAAACAUGUUGAAGAAUAUCACUGGUGCUCUAAGAAUACUCACUGGCCUCAAGAAGCUUAGUACCCUUAUGCUCUCCAAGAAUUUUUACAAUGAAACGUUACCGAAUGAUGAGAACUUGAUAGGCCCUGAUGGAUUCCAAAAGAUCCAAGUUUUAGGGUUAGGGGGUUGUAAUUUCACAGGUCAAAUACCAAGUUGGCUUAGAAAGCUGAAGAAGCUUGAGGCCGUGGACCUGUCCUAUAAUCUUUUAAGUGGUUCGAUUCCUCCUUGGUUAGGUACACUUUCUGAACUUUUCUACAUAGACCUGUCUGUUAACCUACUUACAGGCCCGUUUCCGAUAGAACUUACGAAACUCCCGGCACUAGCAUCACAACAAGCAAAUGAUAAAGUACAAAGGACUUACUUGGAGUUACCUGUCUUUGCUAAUGCUAACAAUGUUUCUUUGUUGCAAUACAAUCAACUUUCAAGCCUUCCACCGGCAAUUUAUCUCGGAACCAAUCACCUUAAUGGCAGCAUCCCGGUUGAGGUUGGCCAAUUGAAAGUUCUUCAUACGCUGGACCUGAACUUAAACAACUUCUCUGGCAAUAUACCGGAUCAAUUUUCAAACUUGAAGAACUUAGAGACGCUAGACCUCUCGGGAAAUCAACUAUCAGGCGGAAUUCCUGCUUCGCUCAAUAAUUUACAUUUCUUGUCAUUUUUCAGUGUAGCAAACAAUAAUCUUCAAGGUCAGAUACCAACAGGUGGUCAGUUUAAUACUUUUUCCAACUCCAGCUUUGAAGGAAAUCCGCAAUUGUGCGGUUCGGUUAUUCAGCGCCCUUGUUCUUCUCAAAGAAAUGCUACUAGUACUUCAGCUAGUGGCAAAUCCAGCAAAAAAAUAAUAGUCACACUUAUUAUUGUUGUCAGUUUCGGCAUAGCUACUAUGGUAACAUUGUUGACACUGUGGAUACUCUCCAAGAGGAGGGUCAAUCCAAGAGGAGAUUCUGAUAAGAUUGAACUCGAAUCAAUUUCUCCGUACUCAAACAGCGGCGUUCAUCCUGAGGUUGACAGAGAGGCUAGCCUAGUGGUAUUGUUCCCCAACAAAAACAAUGAUACCAAGGAUCUUUGCAUAUUAGAGAUCAUAAAAGCAACUGAAAAUUUCAGCCAGGCAAAUAUAGUAGGAUGUGGCGGUUUCGGUUUGGUUUAUAAAGCAACCUUUCAAAAUGGAACUAAGCUAGCCAUCAAGAAACUUUCAGGAGAUUUAGGCCUUAUGGAAAGGGAAUUUAAAGCUGAAGUUGAGGCUUUGUCAACAGCACAACAUGAGAAUCUGGUAGCAUUGCAAGGCUACUGCGUGCAUGAUGGUUAUCGACUACUCAUAUAUAAUUACAUGGAGAAUGGAAGUCUCGAUUACUGGUUGCAUGAAAAGCCCGACGGUUCGUCUCAACUCGAUUGGCCGACUCGUUUGAAGAUUGCACAAGGAGCAAGUUGUGGUUUGGCCUAUUUGCACAUGACAUGUGAACCGCACAUUGUACACCGUGACAUAAAAUCAAGUAAUAUACUGCUUAACGAGAAGUUUGAGGCACAUGUUGCUGAUUUUGGGUUGUCGCGAUUGAUUCUUCCGUAUGAAACCCAUGUUACAACUGAACUUGUAGGUACAUUAGGUUACAUUCCUCCAGAGUAUGGACAAGCAUGGGUGGCUACUCUAAGAGGUGACGUGUACAGCUUUGGAGUUGUUUUGCUUGAGCUUCUCACUGGAAGAAGACCUAUGGAUGUAUGCAAACCGAAAAUUUCAAGGGAAUUGGUUAGCUGGGUUCAACAGAUGAAAAUUGAAGGAAAACAAGAACAAGUAUUUGACUCGAAUCUACGAGGGAAAGGAUUUGAAGGAGAGAUGCUAUACGUACUUGAUGUGGCAUGCAUGUGUGUAAACAUGAAUCCUUUCAAGAGACCACGCAUCAGAGAAGUUGUUGAAUGGUUAAAAAAUGUUGGAUCAGAAAACCAGCUCAGAAAUAACGAUUAAGAGAGGAACAUUUGUCCUCGAACAAAUUGUGACAGUAGAUAAUGUAUACUUGUGCAAAUUUUACUCUUUUUUUGCUUUUCUAUAAAUACAGAUUGUCAUUUUUUUACAAAUUAUGUAUGUUGACUCAACCUGUGAGAAUAUUAUUGCCAUAAAGAUUUUGUGAAUUAUAUUAUGUGAUCAAUAUCAUCCAUUUUCAAUUGCAGAACUUUCUGUUAUAGGAACUAGUGUCAUUGCUUGUGCAGAAAACUUUCCUUAAAAUUUAACAGAUUAU